AUUAUUUUUUUUUUGUUUUUAAUUCGGAUUUCAAUUUAUACAAAUAGGAAUUGUUCAUAAAUUCUCUGUUUGUAAAUAAAUUAUUAUAUAUUUUUUAAAUCAAUUUUUAAAUCACCAAAUAAAAAGAGGAUUUUCAUUCAAAAUAAACUUCAAAAAGCUCGGCAGCAGCAGCAGAAAGUGAGUCGACGACGACGACGAGAAGAAAAAAAAAAGUGUCAAGGAUUGAGGUUACGAGGUAGAGAAGAAAAUGGCCCCAAUUAGCGAAAAAAGAUCUCCAACGCCACACACAAAAGAGAAUGCUAAGGAAAAUGCCUCCAAAACUCACAACACCACCAACAACACCAGCAACAACAAGAAAACUUUAGAGAUUCAAGACUUCCACGAAUCCUGGCUGAGAGACAUCGAGAGCUACAAAAAUCAGGUGAGAAUACAACAGAUGCUAACCACCCACAACCAUGUCCACACGCCAGAUGGCUGUGCCACUGACACUGCUAACGCCGUUCUGGCAACGUCUGGAGGAAAACGUCGCAGUCCUCCGCCACGGCAGAAUGGCAACUCAAUUGUGGACUACGAAGGGUUAAAUUUAAAGCGGCCCCGAGGUGAAGAAAUAACGUCGUCCACCACGCCUACGCCAACAGCAAUAACUCUAAGUCAAUCAGCGAGCAACGCUAAGCGCCAUCAAAAUAAUAAUAAUAACAAUAACAUGCCUCAAAACCACCACCAAAAUCAAUUAAAUCCAAGCCAAGAAUCAUCGCCUAGUGCGACUGCCAAAAUAAUAGUUAACUCAUUUCAUGCCAGUAGCUUGCUUAAUUCAAACAAAAAUAAUGGUGAUCUCACAGCGAGAUUACUGCCUAAUACCACCACUACCACCAAUUCCUCAGCUUCGAGUGAUCGCUUAACAACCACUCACCACCAUCAAAAACCAAAAAUUAAUAAACUCCUUGGUCCUCCAAAAGAAGACGAAGACGGCUUCGAGAGACUUAAAUUGAUUCUCAGUCGACCGCUUGGUUCAUAUAUAGAACCAUUAACCAUUCCCGAUGAGUCUAAAGGUGAUUCGCCAACACCCGACGAUGAUACAUGUAGUCAUCCAAAUGUUUAUGACGAUGAUAAUACUUCACUUGAUGCUGAUGAUAUUGGAGACAUUGAUGACUUGAAUGUGUUCGAAGAAUCUGAUGAUGAUGCAGAGGAUUAUGUUGGGUGUCCAUUUGUGUUGGAUAGUGAUGCGGAUAUUAAGUUUAUGAGCGAAGCAGUAACUGUGACAAAACCGAAUCCAAAAUCCGUCCUCCAGCCGAGUUUGUUUCCACAAGUGGCACCCUACAUAACGUUUUCUUCGCAUCUCGAAAAGGGACCAGCAGUUCCAACGACUUUGCAUAAGAUUAUGAAAUGGAGAUUGAGUCCGGUUAUGCCGAGAGUUGUUCGUCGAGUGAUUUUCAAUUCUGGAUUUCGUUUAAUCAAGAGAACAACUGAUUGGAUGGCAGUUUGGGAGAAGCAUAUGCGAAGUCCAGGUUUUAAGACAAUUAGAUCACAUCAGAAAUUCAAUCAUAUGCCGGGAUCAUUUCGAAUCGGACGAAAAGAUAGUAUGUGGAAGAAUUUAAGAAGCAACAUGACCAAACAUGGAAAAAGUGAAUUUGGAUUUAUGCAAAAGACUUACAUUUUGCCAGAUGAAGUAGAUGCAUUGAAAAAAAUUUGGCCUCGAGCAGCGGCACAAUCGACCAAAUGGAUUGUCAAACCACCAGCAAGUGCACGUGGAACGGGUAUUAGUGUGGUGAAUAAGUGGUCGCAGAUACCAAAGGAUAAGCCGGUUGUUGUUCAGAAAUAUAUCGAAAAACCAUUACUAAUAAACGAAAACAAAUUCGAUCUAAGACUCUACGUUCUCGUAACAUCGAUUAAUCCUCUUAGAAUUUACAUGUAUAAAAAUGGUUUGGCACGAUUUGCUUCAGUGAAGUACAGUUCUGACUUGGAAUCCCUCAACGAUCGAUGUAUGCAUCUUACCAACUACAGCAUAAAUAAAUUAUCUGAGAAUUAUGCCAAAAAUGAGGACAUAAACGCGUGUCAAGGACACAAAUGGACGUUGCAAUCUUUAUGGUCAUAUCUUGAGAAACGCAAAGUCGACACUAAACGACUCUGGGCUACUCUACGCAAUCUAGCUAUUAAGUCUCUAAUCAGUGGAGAAGGAUGUCUGAAUAGAAUGUAUCGACAGAAUGUCAAUAGCCGUUACAAUUGCUAUGAGCUUUUUGGUUUUGAUGUUCUGCUAGAUGAGGAUCUAGUACCGUGGCUGCUUGAAAUUAACAUAUCACCAUCAUUGCACUCUGAGUUGCCAUUAGAUCUUCAUGUUAAAGGACCUCUAAUUCAAAGCGUACUCAAUACGGCUUUAUAUCAAGUGCCACCGAAGCUUAGUGUGAGGCAGCAGGCUGAAAUCUUAAACGAACUCAAAUUAACCGGUCCACUGUGUUACGAUAGAAAUCUAUUUACACCCAUUCUGUCGCCAGAAGAAAUCAAGAAACACAAUUACUAUACUAGCCGCUUGAUUGAGUAUCGCGAAGAGUACCUAGAUUCAAUUUUAGACCAGCUUACGCCGGACGAUGUGAGAUGUCUUAUUAUAUCCGAAGACGAACGUAACCGCUGCGAUCCAUUGGAACGAAUUUUUCCCAAUGCCGAUACUUAUAAGUUUCUUGUGUAUGUGGAGAAUCCCAGAUACUACAAUCGCCUUCUGGAUGCAUGGGAAACAAAGUACCUCGAUGACCGAGACACAGGAAUAGAAUUGCUGCAAAAGUUAUGUUCCGAGGGAUACCAUUUGAAAGUUCCAGCAGCUGCUCUGAUAGAGGAACCUAAGAUCGAUUUAACUGAUAUCGAUUUGAUGUAUAUGAAACCAGAAGAAAUUGCCAAACGUCGUGAAUCUGUUCAAUCUUCGAACGAUAAGCCAAGUGAUAAUGCAACGACAACAACAACAACGACCACUAACGAAGAUUCAAAAAAUGCCACCACCACCACUAAGUCUUUCAACGGAUCCAGCAGUAUGCCAACAUCAAAUUGUUCAGCUGAGAUUGUUGAUAACAGCGGUGAUGUGCAUAAGAAUAAUGCUCGACCAAUAGCUGUAGGAUCUUAAUCAAAAAUGGUCGGACUAUGAGACUGACUAUCUUUUAAAACAUCGCGAAAUUAUAUAUAUUUAAAAAAAAAAAAAAAUUAACAUCAGACCUUGGCUCGAAGAUAUAA